AAUUUGCAAUUGUCGAGAAUGAAGCAGCAAAAGCACACGUGAAAAUGGUGAAAAUGGCGUCCACUCCGUCGCAAUCCCAUGUGGGUUAAUCAGACCGUUACUGGGAGUCUGGGAGCAUUCUGAUCCUCACCUUCCUUCUCUUUCUUUUUCUCCACUCUAAUCCAGAUUGUUUCUGCCAGCUCCUGUCGGUCCGAUUUCCCCCAAGCUCGAACCGCUGCAGAUCUCUUGCGCAGCCCUACCGCACUGUCCCGCGUUUUCCAUAUACCUAAAACCUGAGAAAACCCCAGCUGGAGACUCGAUUCUUUGAUUCGGUAUAUGUGAAUUGCGAUUCCUACUUUUCUUUUUGGUUUUUCAAAUUCGGAGUAAAUGAGGCGUCGAGGAUCGGACUUCCGGCGGCCGGCGAGGCGGCGAAUUCCGAACGUUUUCUGGUUGACGCUUUGCGGCUUAGUGAUUCUGCUCUUCAUUGUGCUCCUGAGCCGCGAGAAUCAGCAUCCUGCUUCAAGAUCGGACUUUGUCAAGACAUCUGCUAAGCAGGACAGACUUAUCGAAAGCCUUAACAUCACUGAAGAAAUGCUGAUUCCUGAUUCGGCGACGAGACAACUGAAUGACCAAAUCUCUCUCGCGAAGGCAUUUCUCGUUAUUGCAAAAGAGAGUGGCAAUCUUCAAUUUGCCUGGGAACUUAGUGCACAAAUUCGUAACUCACAGAUCCUUCUCUCGAAUGCUGCUUUAAGAAGAACUCCUUUGACGACCAGUGAAUCAGAAACGGCUAUCCGAGACAUGGCCCUUCUACUAUUCCAGGCUCAGCAACUCCAUUACGACAGUGCCACCAUGAUCAUGCGACUCAAGGCCAAGAUCCAGGGGAUUGAAGAGCAAAUGAGCUCCAUCAAUGAGAAGAGUUCAAAGUAUGGACAAAUCGCUGCCGAAGAAGUUCCAAAGAGUUUGUAUUGCCUCGGCGUGUGGUUGACGAUCGAGUGGUUUAAGAAUCCAAGUUUGCAGGAGACACUCAAGGAGAACGGCAGUCAGACCGCCGCCAAGCUCAGAGACAACAGUUUAUAUCAUUUCUGCGUCUUCUCGGACAACAUCCUCGCAACUUCGGUUGUCGUGAAUUCGACUGCCACGAAUUCUGAUAGCCCAGAUAAGGUGGUUUUCCAUCUGGUAACUGACGAAGUGAAUUAUGCCGCAAUGAAGGCUUGGUUUGCGAUGAAUAGUUUCGGCGGUGUGACGGUCGAUGUCCAAAAGAUCGAAGACUUCAGCUGGUUGAACGCCUCGUACGUUCCUGUUCUUAAACAGCUUCAAGACUCGGACACCCAAAGCUACUACUUCUCCGGCAGCGGCGGCGAUAGCCGCACCCCGAUAAAGUUUAGGAACCCCAAGUAUCUCUCCAUGCUUAACCACCUCAGGUUCUACAUUCCCGAAGUCUUCCCUGCGCUGAAGAAGGUCGUGUUCCUCGACGAUGACGUCGUAGUGCAGAAGGAUCUCUCAGCUCUGUUCUCCAUAGAUCUGAAUGGAAAUGUCAACGGUGCAGUCGAGACUUGCAUGGAAACGUUCCACCGAUACCACAAGUACUUGAACUACUCCCACCCGCUCAUCCGCGAGCAUUUCGAUCCCGAUGCUUGCGGAUGGGCGUUCGGAAUGAACGUCUUCGACCUGGUUGAAUGGCGACGGAGAAAUGUGACGGGCAUCUACCAUUACUGGCAAGAAAAAAAUGUCGACAGGACGUUGUGGAAACUCGGGACCCUCCCGCCGGGAUUGUUAACGUUUUACGGAUUGACGGAGCCUUUGAAUCCGUCGUGGCACGUGCUCGGUUUGGGCUACACUAACGUCGAUUCUCAGUUGAUCGAAAAGGGCGCUGUUCUGCACUUCAAUGGAAACUCUAAACCGUGGCUGAAAAUCGGGAUGGAGAAGUACAAACCACUCUGGGAUAAGUAUAUCGACUACGGUCAUCCUCUAUUGCAGCAGUGCAAUGUCCAUUAACGAACAUGGGAGUUCAGAUGCAGCUAUUUAUUCGGACGAACUUUCGGGCGAAAACGAAGCCGGCAUAUACAGGGACAAGUAAGUGUUUUUUUGAACCAUUAUUUGGGUACCUUAGAUUUUUUAAGAGAAGAUGAGAUAACUUGCUUUCCUUGUUGUAACAUAUUGUUGGGCAUAUUUUAGUUUCUUGAGUUUUUAGAUGUGCACUUUUGAGGAGAUUAAAAUUGUUUCUGCAAAUAUAUGUCUGUCUUAUUAGGA